AUGACUGUUGUGUUAUCUGCAAACUUCAGGAUUUUAACAGAGGAGUCCAUGGAGGUACAGUCAUUUGUGUACAGCGAGAAGAGCAGUGGGGAGAAUGCCUGUGAUCUCACCCUGGAUCCAAAUACAGCAAACUACAAACUCAUUCUGUCUGAAGGAAACCAGAUGGUGACACAUAGAGAGGAGCAAAUGUAUCCUGACCUUCCUGAGAGGUUUGAUCCUUUGCCACAGGUUCUGUGCAGAGAGGCUCUGACUGGGCGCUGUUACUGGGAGGUGGAGUUGAGCAUAACCGAGGGUACUGAUACUGCUGCUGCUGUUUGCUACAAAACAGUUGAGAGGAAAAGAGAUGGUGUAUUGUGUGGGUUUGGGUGGAAUACCAUCUCCUGGUCUUUGGGCCACAAGUGGGAACCAAACCCAACUUUCUAUGCAGAGCAUGAUGGUGUGACCAAUAAAUACCCUGUUCCUCCUGCUGGCUGCCCCCGCCUGGGGGUGUUUCUGGAUUGGCCUGCAGGCACUCUGUCCUACUAUAUAGUCUCAUUUAAUAAACUAAGCGACAUUCACACCUUCAGAACCAAAUUCUCUGAGCCUGUUUUUCCUGCAUUCAAGUGUUGCAGUCAAGACCGCCUAACCCAAGACCGAGACAAGACCAAGACUUUUAGGGUCCAAGACCAAGUCAAGACCAAGACUGAGGGAGGGCGAGAUCGAGACAAGACCAAGACCAGUGCCUGA